AUGUUUUCAGCCGGUCCAAAUAACCCACGCCAGGGAACUGCUCCACCUGCCGGUGGUCGCAAUCGCCGGGCUCAAGGCCUACGACAAUCACCCCCUCCCACAGCUAGCGCCUCGACCAAUCCUCUUGGCGGGUCGGUACUGGGCGGGGUUCUAUUUGGAAACACUGGCGGGGGAAGGGGCGGUACCGGACACCAGCACCAUCAACGUGAAAGAGACCGUGACCUCACCUCCCAACAGCAGCGCCCCCAGGAGCGAGGUACAGUAGUGGAACUGAGUGAGGAACAAAGGGCUGAGAUUAAUGAAGCUUUCCACCUCUUUGACCUCGAUAAGGACCGCAUGAUCGACUACCACGAACUCAAGGUUGCAAUGAAAGCACUCGGAUUCGACGUUCCUAAACCUGAGCUUCUGCAAAUUCUUCGCGAGCACGGCACCCCCGGUCCUGGACAGCAGGCUCAGCCCGGUGCGCAGCCAAGUAGGCUAUACAUUUCUCAGGAGGCAUUUACUUCCAUCAUGACACAGAAGAUUCUAGAGAGAGACCCACUGGAUGAGAUACUAAGGGCAUUCGACCUAUUUGCCAACGCUGCUGGUGGGGGAACGGGCCAGGAACCGAGGAUAGGAAUCGAGGAUUUGAGGAGGGUAGCGAGGGAGCUUGGGGAAACAUUGGAGGAAGAGGAGUUGAGAGCUAUGAUUGAGGAGUUUGAUAUCGAUAACGACGGGAUGAUUAGCAAGGAGGAAUUCAUUGCUAUCUGCCGAGGCGAAUGA